UGUUCAAUUAUCAAAAUGUCUGACUUAAAUUUGAACGACGAUUUAUUGAACUAUGAAUUGGGUGAUGAUAUUGAUGAUCAGGCACUUUACGGCGCCGAUGAAGAUGAACUACUAUUGUCAGACGAUGAAUUAGAAAAAGAUGUAACAAAAGAAGUUAAACAACAAAUAAAAGCAGAGGCAGAACAAUGGGUUAAUGAACGUAUACAAGAAAAAGGUGAAAAUAAAAAUGGUUCUAAGAACGCUAGUACAGCACAGCCUAUGUCUGCAGCUGGAGCAGCUAAUACUUCAAAAUUUGUCAAGGACACAGUUAAACAAGUCACCGCAGAUGCAACGGAAGUGACUUCAUCGGCGGCAACACAUUUGAUUGCGAAUAACUCAAAACAUGGUGAUAUAACCGAUGAUGUGUCCACAAGUGAAAAUUCAGCGCCUGCACAUGCAGAAUUUAAAGAACCUACAAGGUCUCAACCCCAAAGGGAAUUAACACAGACGGUAGCGCCAGCAUCUACACAGACUUUGUUGUCAAACUCUACAAAUAUCGAUGAAGUCACUUCAAGUAGUAGUAAAGAAGUUGAAGCAGAUCAUUCAUCAGUCAUUAGUUGCAGUACCAGUAAUAUGACGGAUUCCUCCUUCAUUCAAAGCUCACAAGAAAGUUUGGGAGUAACCCCUCUAAGCGCCAGUGAUUAUUCCGAUCCUAGAGAGGAUAUGGAAGAAGAACGUGAGACACGUACAAAUAUAAAAACAACAAAUGAACGUGAUUUUGAUACAGGAAUCAAUGAAUCGACAGAAAAGCAUCAUUCUCGCUUCGUGCAUAAUAAACGUGGAGGAAAUCCUCUGCUGCGUCCCCAUUCAUUACGUGGAUCUUACCACGGUCAGAGGCCACUACUCCGCUAUCCACCAUCACACGGUCAAUUCCCGCUACAACAACCGCCCCUACCUUAUGCACCACACAAUACAGCACACGGUCCGCCAUCUACAAAUCCCGGAACAAUGGGACCACAACAAACAAACCCAAAUGCACAAAUUCCUCUCCACCCACACGAUCCCAUGAAUCCCUCAAUUUCCCAUCGCCCACGACACCCAUUCCCCGGAUUUCGCCCAGGUGGGCCUAUGAAUUUUAGACAUCCUAAUCCCGGCAAUAUGUAUCCACACGAUUAUAAUACGGGUAAUGGUGUACCCUUCAAUCAGAACUUCGGUCAUAUGUCACAUCCAUCACGAGCUAUGUUCCGACCUGAACUUGCUGGCGGACCAAUGCAAGGUGGCAACAAUGCAGGUAUGGGCCCGACACCGGGACCUAUGGUAAUGCGACCGAAUAUGCGUUUACCGCGCCCACCAUUAUCAAAUUUACCACCACAAGGCCUAGUGCCAAAUUUUAUAAACAACCCGGCCAUUAGACCUCCCCAACAACUACCAUUGCAGCCUCCUCAAGCUCCCCUACAGUUACCACAAAGUGGUGUGCAUCCAAGUACCAGUGUGCAGGCGUCACAAGUAUCUGCCAAUAACAAUGGCGGCCCAAUAACAUCGGCAACAUUACGCCCUAGCAAAGUACUUAUUAAUCCAAAUUUUAAGGGUGGCGUUCAAGCAGCAACAAAUAAGUUUAUAAAAGAAACCCAAUUUAUGUCAACAAUUAGCAGUCAUGUCUCACAUUUACAAAGUGACGAUGAGCUACUGCGUCAACAGGAGGAAUUCAUUAAUAAAAAUCGAGAGCAUAUCGAGAAACGAAGACAUGAGCGUUCGCCGCUCACUGUAAGACGAAGCCGCAGUCGUAGCCGUUCUCGAACACAUUCACGUGAACGCAGCUUUACGCCACCAAAUAAGAGAAGCGGUGGUGGAGGCGCCGGCGGGACCGGUUCACACUUCGACAGAGAACGUGAACGCGAUCGGGAGAGAGAACGUGAUCGUGAUCGUGAGCGAGAUCGUUUAGAUCGUGAAAGAGAUCGUGACCGUGAAAGGGAACGUGGUCCUGUUGAUCGCGAACGUGGUGGUGCAGGAAGCGGAAAUGGUAACAUGGGCCCAAGAGGAAAUCGUUUUCGUCGUGGAAAUAGUCGAGAUCGUGAUUAUGAAAGAGGUGGUGGAGCAUACGUUAAACGUAGACGUAGUUUAUCUCCUUUACCACGAGCUGGUGGAGGUUUUCGACGUGGAGGUGAUCGCGAUCGCCCAGAUGUUGAAGAGGACGAAGAGACGCGUGUAUAUAGAUUGGAAAUAGAGAAACAGAAAGCAUUGCGAGAAAAAAUACUCAAGGACAAGGAAUUAAAAAGAAGGCGCGCCGCAGAGGAAAAACAAUAUGAGGAUCAGCGUCCUAAUCAGACCAAUAAUGCUAGUACCAAUAACGGUAGUAAUGCCCCAAGCAGUGCCAGUGAAAAUCAGACGCAGAAACUUAAGCCAAUUGUGGUAACAGAACGCAAAAUAAUAUCGUUAAAGAAACGGCAGCAGCAGCCACAAUAUGCUGAUGAGGAUUUUCCACGUCAAAAGUCGCAACAACCGCCGCAAGCGCAAAAUCAGCGCAAGCAGAUUCCAACUGCAAAAAUUUUACCAGAAGCAAAACGGAAUCUUAACGAUCAUAUAACGAAUGUCACAAGCAGCAGUGGUGGUGUUAACUGUGGCAGCAGCAAUACAGCCAUAAUAAAACCAGUACCCAAAAAGGAAACCCAUACACCAACACCACCACCGGCGGCAUUAUUGAAACAAACACGACGUAUGUCCUCGCCGAGUGAUGAUGAAGUGGAGCUCGACUACGAUGAAGAUGAAUUAAUGCUAGAAAUGGAGGAUCGCCUGUUGGCCACGCCAACACCGUCCCCACCACAACCAGCCGUCUCACGUACACCGACACCUGAGCCAAUAGCUCCACCGCCAUCUAAUAAGGCAAACAUAAAAUCUAGUCGUAGCAGUAACAAUACGACAUCUCAAAGAUCAUCAGCAUCGUCAGCAUCAUUCGGUUCAAGCAACCGACGAGUGGUACUAAAAUCGUCUACAACAUCAACAUCAAGUAAUUCAGGAGGUGCUGGCCGCAAGGAAAGCGAUUUGCACUCAUCCGAUGGCAGUCGGAAUCGUCGCACUGGUGGGGGAUCGUCGCGCAACAGUAGCAGUAAUAACUCACGGAAAGGUAUAUUUGAUCGCUUGGAGACCAGGCGACAAAUGUAUGACAGCGGUGGAAGCAACAGAGACGGUGGCGGAAACGACGGAAAGCGCAACAAGGGGCAACGCAUUGUUUUGAAACAUGAUUAAGUUCUCGGCAAUUAAAAAAAACCGUCAUUAAGCUACCGAAUCAAAUAACUUUUGUCAAAGAUUUCUUUAGCUGUGUAGAAAAUUAAAACUACACAAACAAAUCGUAGAAAAAUUUUGAACCCGCAUAUUUCUGAAAUCAAAUAUGCAUAUUUCGCUAACUUUGAAUUUGACACUGGUGUGAGUGAAAUGAUUAAAAUGUAAGUGGCACGAAAGUCUUCGUUCUGUAUUGAAAGUGAAAUGUAACUUGUAAUUAGACCACACAUAACAUAACAUAACUUGUUUAUAUCAUUUUACAACAUACAUAUAUUUACAAUGAUUUCCACACGCACAUGUAUGAAUCGAAUAACAGCUAUGGAGGCGCGUCUAUUUAUGUAAACAUAUUUUCACCUUAAAAUCUAAUAUUAUUAUUUUUUUAAUUAUGCAUAUGGUAAAGUGAAGUAAGCAGCGAGAAUUGCUUAAGUCGUUAUAAUUUUUGCUUUUCGUUGUCGCUUAGUUUGGUAAAAUAUUUGUAAGAGCACAUGCAAAUUACAGAUUUGUUAUAACUUCUAAAUAGCAUCCACAUUUAUAAUGUGCAAUUCUCAAAUUGUCAUCACCGUGAGGUAUACAUAUAUUACAUAACAUAUUAAUAUUAUAAAUUAUUAGAUUUCAUACAGACCGUACCACCUCAUAUGCCCCCAUAUAUUGCUUAAAUUGUCUUCGCAAUUUUUUUAAUUGAAAGUUAAAAUGUAUUUGUAAUUACCGACGCUAAAAAUGCAUAUCUUUGUUUAUGCUAACAUUACAACUUA